AUGGUGCAUGAUUCGUUUAAUCGUUAUAUAAUUCUUAAUAAACGGUUGAUAAAGAAUUAUUUUAUUACUUUAAAUGAACAUUAUUUGAAUAUUGCUACUGUUAUAUUGAAUAAUAACAAUUUAUCUAUUGUUCCGGGGUAUAAUAUAUAUGAAGAUUUUAUUAAAAUAUUUAAUAUAGACUUACGUAAAAGUAUUAAAUCGUAUACUUGUUUCUUAAGUUCAUUGUACAAUGAACUUAAGAAACAAGUAUACGGUUAUCGUUGUAAUAGAGGGGAUAAUUUUAUUUAUGAAAAAAAAAAUGUUGUUAGUACUGAGUUGAAAUUUAUUGGUGAUUUGAAAGAAUUACUUUCUUACAAGGAAAGUUUAAUAAAAAAUAAGUUAUUGCAUUUUAACAAUGUUUUUUUAAGAGAAAAAAUAGUGGAUUAUUUUAUAUUUCUUAAAAAAGAUAAUUUCUUAAAAUAUGUAAAUAAUUUUUUCUUUUUUAAGAAAUUAUCUUUUUUAAGAAAUAUAAAAUAUGUCAACAACAGUUUAAAUAGUGUCAAGAAUAUUGAUGAUGGUGUAAGAAAGGUUGUAGGGAAUGAGUAUUCUUUAGUUGCGUAUAAUGCAUAUAUGUGUUAUGCACAUAAAUGUAGUUUAUUGAGUACUUAUUGUUUAAAUGAUAAUAGUAGUAUAUUUAAAAGUGGAAUAAAAUCGUGUCAGUUGAGGUUACUGUUUAGAUACGUUAGGAUUUACUUUUUGAGUGAACGCUUAUAUAUGUAUUAUGUGAUAAUGUAUAUGAUUAGUAAAGUUAAGAAUAAAUGUAUAAAUAAGGCUUUAUUGAGUAAGGUGAAGUUUUAUCAGAGAGGCGUAUUUCUUAAUAAAAGAAAAUUAGCUGCAUAUGAUAAGGAAUUUCGUUUUACAACUUAUUUGUUAUCAAAUAUGUAUAGUGUAUUUAGGAGGCGUCUUAAUUAUUAUAGAUGUAAUAAGUUGUACAGUUCAGAUAUGUUUUUUAGGAAAGUAAAUUAUUUAUUUGGUUGUAAGAGAGAUCUUUUAACUAAAUGUCGCGUUAAUAGGACUAGUAGUAAAUAUGUUGUAAUUCAAAAUAGAAUAACGAAAACCGAUAAUAUGUAUUUGUACUUUUUGUUGGCGGUAUUUUUUAAAUUUCUUCGUAAGAAAUAUCGUUUUAUGAAAAAAAAAUUUAUGAGGAAAUAUUUUAAGAUAGUUUUUCGUAAAAGGGGUGUAACUAAGAAGGCUGCAUUAGAGUUUUUAAUAAAAUUGUAUAUUAGUGUUAUUAUACGUGAUGAUUAUAAUUCUGUAGUAGACAUGUAUGUAUACAGACAAUUUCAAUAUGUAAAUAUAAAUUAUAUUUACCAUACUAUGUAUGGUGUAGAUAAUAAUCUGUUUUCAUAUUUUUUUGAAAAAUUAAAUUCGAUUAAGGAAAUUUUUUUUGUUUCUUCUUUCCCUUCUAAGAGUUUUUCAGUUUAUAAUUCUGUUAAGCACCAUAAUGAGUUUUUAGUUAAUCCGCAUAAUAAUGCGGAUUAUUUUGUUACACAAACAAAUCUUUCUGAUGAGUUUACUAAAAAUAAACGAAUGCUUAAAGCUAGAGGGGUUAGCCUAAACUCAUCAGAAAGAUUUGUUUUUGAAAAGUUUGAUAUAAUUAAUUUUUAUUACUUUAAGCUAAACCAAUAUUUAGAUUUGUCUUUAACAAAUAUAUCUUUAUAUUUAAUUUUUGGUUUUAUUUUAUACAGAAAAGGUCUAUAUGAAAAUGGGUAUAAAUUUUAUAAGUUAUUUGUACCUAAUGUACCUAUAUAUUUAUUACCAUUUAUGGAUUUAAGAGACUUAUCAAAUGUUAAUAAGAGGAAAAUUAAACGUCGUCCUCCUAUAGAAACUAUUUUUUUGAAAAAAAAAGUUUUUUUUUCAAAAAAGCGAAGGAGAUUGUGUGUAGAGUAUACACAUACUGAUUUUAAAUUAAAUUUAUUAGAUAGCUUGUAUAAAGAAAUAAGGAGUUUUGCUUACCAUAAGCAAUAUGUUGUAUAUAAUUCUGAAUUAAAUUUAUUUGAAUCUAAAUGGACAGAAAUUUGGCCUAAAGUUGUAAAAGUUAUUUACACUAUCAUGUUUCAUUUUGAUGUUAUACGAGAAUUAGUAUUUUUGAAAAAAUAUACUACAUUGAUAAAAUAUAAUCUUAGAACUGGAUUUUGUCAAUAUAGUGAAUACGUAUUUGCAUUUCAACAAUUGAAUGAUUCUGUGUUCGGCUCGUCAAUGUAUAUGUUGACAUCUUUUCACGGAUUGCAUGUUAUUGUUGGAUUGAUUAUGCUGAUAGUCUGUUGUGUUAGGUUUUAUUUAGGUCAUUUUACGGCUACAAAUUAUUUGGGAAGUGGUAUUAAAGUUAAAUUAACUGUACUGACAUAUUUAAUGAAUAGUAUGUUUAUUGUAAAUUUUAAAAGGAAAUUAUUACUAGAUAAUAAUUUUAUGUUAAAAAUAAAUAAUGUUUCAUAUUUUCGUGUUUUUAACGAGACUUGUGCAACAGAAGUGUUGUCUGUAAGUUAUGAUUCAACUGUUAAGGUUGGUGUUUCAGGUAUUGAAAAUGAUUUUUUUAAAAAAGGUGAUAAGGUUUUUAAGAAAAUUUAUCGAAAAGAACAGAAAUUUUAUCACCCGAAACCAAGUGAUCUAGUUAUGAACAGGUUGAAGAUAAUUUUAUUAAUUAUUGGAGGACCGAACUUGUAUUUGUUGAAAAAAAUUAAGAUGAUUUCGGAAUGUUCUGUAAUUUUGUUGAAUAGAUGUGAAUUUAUUUUUUUGAUAUCAGAAGAAGACAGGUUCAAGAUAAAUUUUCGUAUACUGGUAAUAGAUAAUUACUUUGAUAGGCAAAUUGAUGUUGUUAUUAUCUACAUUAAAUCAUUAGAAUUAGUAUUGUAA